AACGAUUCGAUUCGUAUGGUUCCAGCUUCAGUCGAGUUCCCGACUAACUUGGGAUCGCGGCACGCGCUCUUCAAUGGUCCAUAGUUGAUUCGAAGUUAUAAUUGUGAAACGGUAUUGUACAAAGCCACAUCAACGGAAUAACCAAGAAGCUCACUCAUCGGCCAUCGGUCAUUUAUCGUGCAUAGCCGUUUCAUACACUGCUACAACCGUCAUUAUUCGGACAAAAAAGCCUCGGACAAUCACACCAACCGGGCAGUUAUUAUUCUGUGCUCCAUCGAUAAAGUAUUCAGUGUCGUCCUGCACAAGUGAUCUAUUUAUUACCCCUAUCCCUUAUACACACCGCCGGUACGGUUAACUGCUUGAAGCAGUGGAAAAUCAAGUCUUAUCCUCGAGCACAGAUCGAAUCCAGUCAUCAUGAACCGGCAAUUUCCGCAACGGCAAGAACUGACGGCAUCGGUGCCCGUCAAGCUGCUCACCGCCGGAACGGCCGCGUGUUGGGCCGAUUUCGUUACCUUUCCGCUAGAUACGGCCAAAGUUCGACUGCAGAUUCAAGGUGAAAAACCAUUACGAACGGCGGCACUAAAAUCAACAUCUGCAGCCAAUAGCAUUAGUAGCAGCACCAUUCAAUCACUUAAACUGAAUCCAACCGCAUUUCCGGUGGUGCAGCAUGUUCAGUACCGUGGAUUGGUCGGCACUAUCACAACUAUUACCCGACAAGAAGGAUUCCGUACCUUGUAUAACGGCCUAUCGGCUGGUCUUCAACGGCAGAUGUGCUUCUCUUCGAUUCGGAUAGGAUUGUAUGAUACAGUAAAAGAAUUUUACGGAGCUUUUUUGAAAGAAAAUGAAGCUGGUCUUCAAAUUAUCACACGAAUCUGUGCUGGCUUAACAACCGGUGGCCUAGCGGUUAUGCUAGCUCAUCCGACAGACGUGGUCAAGGUGCGCUUUCAGGCGGCAUCCCGCUCGUCAACCGGUCGUCGAUAUACUUCUACACUAGAAGCCUACCGGACGAUUCAUCGCGAAGAAGGUGUUCGUGGACUCUGGAAGGGAGCUGCACCAAACAUUGGGCGCAAUGCCAUAAUCAAUGUGGCCGAAAUCGUUUGCUACGACGUGGUGAAAGAUUGCCUUCUUACUUACACCCAUAUUCCCAACGAUAUUCGAUUACACUUCAGCGCUGCAGUAAUUGCAGGUUUCGCUGCCACUGUGGUUGCUUCCCCAGUGGAUGUAGUUAAAACACGGUACAUGAAUUCUCCCAAAGGACAGUAUCAGGGUGUAAUUGAGUGUGCCAUCAAGAUGGGCAGCAAAGAGGGUAUGACUGCCUUCUACAAGGGGUUCGUGCCAUCGUUUGCCCGUCUAGUAUCGUGGAAUGUAGUCAUGUGGAUUACCUACGAACAACUUAAAUUAUUGCUAUUCAAACCGCAAAUGAUAGAACGUAACUAUUAGUCAAUAGCGAAUAGAUGUAAACAAUGCGGAAAAUUCAGAAUAUAUUUUUUUAUUUGUUGACAUUGUGAUUUAAAACAAAGUGAAGAAUGUUUAUUACGAAUACUGUAUAGAUCUUUAUUUUAGUAUAUUUUUACAACAAGCGAA